AUGGACCGACCGAAACCACGUUCCAGACUCAGGGAAGAGGAAUUUUCGGAAGAGCAAAAGCAGCCAUUCGUCGAGCAAUCACUACACCAGGAUGAGGAAGAUGGGCCAGAUUUUGACACGGCGAGCGCUACAAGAUCUGGAUGCAUUGCCGCUGUAUCGACGGGCGUGAUUCUCUCCCUUCUUUGCUUGAUAUCCGGUGUUUACCUCCUCAGAACCAACCAGGCAACACUCGGCGCUUCGGCCUCUAUCUCUACUUCUGGAAGAGAAGCCAUGGCCCUAGCGAUCAACGUCAUACUAGCACUCUGCACUGAUGGUAUGAUGUUUGUGCAUUCCGUCUCGUUACGUUGGGCAUUGUAUCGCGAGGAACGCCUGGAGUUCAACACCAAUAUCCGUCUCUUCACCAGCUCCAAAAGAUUCGGCCCGAACAAAUGGUACAUCAACCUAGUGGCCCUAACUUGCCUGAUGCUAUCAUACGCCUCUUCAUCCGUUCUGCUGCUGUCUGACCAAACUGUUGUGCUAUCUGAGAAUGAAGACCAAUUUCCAUUAUUUAUUAACGCCACAGCUCUAGUAGCCUUGGGUCUAGGUCUCGCCGGUCAGGCCGUCAUCGCCGUAUGGUGCCUAGUGUCCAGCUACAAGUUGAUACCGACCUGGAGCUCCAACCCGCUCAACACCGCGUCGGCCGUGAUGCAGAAUGGUGACCUCGCUCACCGUCCCGGGAGAUGUAUGCUAUCAGUUCACCAGAGACAAAUGUCAAGCCAAGAGACAUAUCCUAUGGAUCGACAAGGAAAUAUGUUCCAAUUACAGGGCAUGGUGCGAUAUACUCUCGCUUUACUGUGGUCACUGGCUCUUCUGGCCAUCGCGUGGCCUAUCGCCAUCGCCACUGUCUCCAAGUCCAUCGGCAACGCCAGUGCUGCUGGCCAGGGCUUUGAACCUUUAUGCUGGAGAGUUGGAUUUAAAUGGAAUAAAAUAGAUUGGGCGUGCUCUCGGAACUAUGUGACGCUGUCUUUGUCCCCAUAUGCGAAUGACCACAAUCCCAAUUCCGCAACGUUCUCGUACGGUGCCGAGGCUGUACUUUGCGUUCUCUUUGUCUGUCUUAUCCAGGCUAGUCAGACCGUUGCAUUGCACUGUUUGGAGCUGCUCGUCAACUUGUCCAGAGAUGAAGGCAUUUGGCGACAAGCUUACAGUGAAACAAGAGAGGCCCCAGGGACACAGUUGGCCACGAAUCCAUUCCGUGCAGCUGUAUCGAGUUGGGAGAACGCCGUUCUAUUCAUAGCCAAAGCGGUGCUGCAUUGGAUAAUUGGUCAGAGCCUGAUCCCUUCCGUUAUCAUGGAAGCCUCCAAAGACAUCGAAUCAUUCCCCUCCACUCCUGUCGAAGACCUCUCCACUCAUGUCGAAGACCUGUCGUUCAAACACGGAUUCCAGUUUGAUAUGGUAUACUCGCGGUUGAUUAUAUACGCCAUACUAGCCGUCCUCGUGGCCACUUUCGCGACAUACCUGGCUCUCAGGCGACCGAGAGGCUGUCAGCCUGCCGCGCUGGGGCAUCUGCCGACUCUUGUAGAUCUCGUCGAUGAUUGGAGGACGGACCAGGGUGGCCGGAUGUGGUGGGGGGAUAAGACUCAACUAGAGGCCGGUCAGGUGCGGCACGCCGGAACAUGCUGGGAUAAGACGGUGCUUGGCCCGAUAUGUACUGCUAGAUAUGCCGGUGGUUAA